ACUGCCAAGUUGCUCAUCGACUUCAAGUUGAAUUAUCCUAAUGUGCAUACUAUCGGCGACGCUGGAUACAUUAUGUUCGGACCUGUGGCUCGGGAAGUGCUUGCCUUCGGAACUAUUUCUUUCGCUGUGCUUGGUUCUGCCUCUGGACUACUUUCCAGCCGGCAGGCACUGUCAACGCUUUCGAAUCAGGGCAUGUGUGGUAUGUAUCUGGUUAUCAUCACUGGCGCCGUUGAUUUCUUAAUUUCGCUACCGCGGACAUUGGAUCGUUUGGCUUGGAUGGAUCUUCUUAGUGCAGCAGUCAUUGCCAUAGCUGGUUUCAUUGCAAUGAUUGGAGCAGGGCUGAACCUAGUUCCCGGACGGUCUUUGACGGUAACAACCUCCAGUAACUUUUUCGAUGCUUUAACCCGAGGACGCUAUGAAGGUCAGAACGCUCCUGUACUCGAUAUUGUGACUGAAGGCCAUUUUCAGUUUCUACAGGGCUUCGCUACAGUAUUCUAUGUUGUUUUCAGCGUAGUCAUGUAUGUCUACAUUGGAAACACAGUCCAGUCCCCGGUCCUCUUUUCUCUUCCUCCGGUAUGGGCAAAGGCAGCGUUUGCCAUUGCUCUCCCAAAUUUCCUGUUGUCAUCCUCACUAAUUCUUUAUUCCGGGUUAUACACUCAUACAGCUACAAAGCUUGUGUUUGUUCGCAUAUUUCGUCAUUCAGAGCACAUCUAUUCGCAUACCUUACUCGGGUGGACGGUUUGGACUCUGCUGUGUUUUGCAAGCUCAGCUAUGGCUGCAAUUCUCGCCAUCGCAGUUCCGAUAUUUUCCUACCUAAUCAGCAACACGGCAGCCCUCUUUGCCGCAUGGUACACGUAUGGUUUGGCUGGAUUCUUCUGGUUGCAUGACGCAUAUCAUCUCGAGGGUGGCAUGGACGGGCUCAAACGACGACCAAUCGGGACAACACUCGCAGUGUUGACUAUUAUUUCCGGCACUUUCAUCUAUGUCGCUGGGACUUAUGUGUCGAUAAAGCUCAUCGCUGAAGCCUACGCCAAUGGCCAAGUUGGGAGACCGUUCGUUUGCUAG